GGACCCGGCGGGAAUGAACUGUGGCAACUUGUGCAGCCCGCAGCGCGGCGCAGUGGCAAAGGCGGGGGCGUGAAGCCGCGCAGCGCCAGUAGCCAGGUUCCUCGCUGCUCGGGAGCCCCAGAGGCGAGAGGGAUCCGCACAGGCGCCCAGGGCAACCUGCGGGAGUGGCGGAGCCCGGCGCUCCCGCCCUAGCUCAGGGGGAGCGCAGCCGCAGCGGGGUUCAGGGCCCAAGCCCCGCGCCGCCGCCGUCCGCGGUGGGGGGGUGGGCUGGGGGCGGGGCGGCCGGGGUUGCUUUCCCGGGCGCGAUCCCUGAGCGCGGCACCCGGCGCUGCCGAGCCACCUCCCCUGCCGCCCGCCAGCAAGUUUGGCCGCUCCAAGCCCAGAGCGCCGCGGCUUUCUGAAGCAUUGGUUUCUUGCUGGCGUUGGUGCACCCUGCUUGGCGGGGAGCCUCCGGAGCCAUGCCGAUGGAUGUGAUUUUAGUUUUGUGGUUCUGUGUGUGCACCGCCAGGACAGUCCUGGGCUUCGGGAUGGACCCUGACCUUCAGAUGGACAUUAUCACAGAACUCGACCUUGUGAACACGACCCUGGGGGUCACUCAGGUGGCUGGACUACACAAUGCUAGCAAAGCGUUUCUAUUUCAAGAUGUGCAGAGAGAGAUCCACUCGGCCCCUCACGUCAGCGAGAAGCUGAUCCAGUUGUUCCGGAAUAAGAGUGAAUUCACCUUUUUGGCCACAGUGCAGCAGAAGCCGUCCACCUCAGGGGUGAUACUGUCCAUCCGGGAGCUGGAACACAGCUAUUUUGAAUUGGAGAGCAGUGGCCCCAGGGAAGAAAUACGGUACCAUUACAUACAUCGUGGGAAGCCCCGGACAGAGGCCCUACCCUACCGCAUGGCUGACGGACAGUGGCACAAGGUUGCACUGUCCGUGAGCGCCUCUCACCUCCUGCUUCAUGUCGACUGCAAUAGGAUCUAUGAGCGUGUGAUAGACCCUCCAGAGACCAACCUUCCUCCAGGUAGCAAUCUGUGGCUUGGGCAACGGAACCAAAAGCAUGGCUUUUUCAAAGGCAUCAUCCAAGAUGGCAAGAUCAUCUUCAUGCCGAACGGGUUCAUCACACAGUGUCCCAACCUAAAUCGCACUUGUCCAACAUGCAGUGAUUUCCUGAGCCUGGUUCAAGGAAUAAUGGAUUUGCAAGAACUUUUGGCCAAGAUGACUGCAAAAUUGAAUUAUGCAGAGACAAGACUUGGUCAGCUGGAGAAUUGCCAUUGCGAGAAGACCUGCCAAGUGAGUGGGCUGCUCUACAGGGACCAAGACUCCUGGGUGGAUGGUGAUAACUGCAGAAAUUGCACGUGCAAAAGUGGGGCCGUGGAGUGCCGAAGGAUGUCCUGUCCGCCGCUCAACUGUUCCCCCGACUCGCUUCCUGUGCACAUUUCCGGGCAGUGUUGUAAAGUUUGCAGACCAAAAUGUAUCUACGGAGGAAAAGUUCUUGCCGAAGGCCAGCGGAUUUUAACCAAGAGCUGCCGGGAAUGUCGAGAUGGAGUCUUGGUAAAGAUGACAGAAGCUUGCCCUCCUUUGAACUGCUCCAAAAAGGAUCACAUUCUUCCGGAGAAUCAGUGCUGUAGAGUCUGCCGAGGUCAUAACUUCUGUGCAGAAGCACCUAAGUGUGGAGAAAACUCGGAGUGCAAAAACUGGAAUACAAAAGCAACGUGUGAGUGCAAGAGCGGUUACAUCUCCGUGCAGGGCGACUCUGCGUUCUGUGAAGAUAUUGACGAGUGUGCAGCUAAGAUGCACUACUGUCAUGCCAACACGGUGUGUGUCAACCUGCCGGGAUUGUAUCGCUGUGACUGCAUCCCAGGAUACAUCCGCGUGGAUGACUUCUCUUGUACGGAGCAUGAUGACUGUGGCAGCGGACAGCACAACUGUGACAAAAACGCCAUCUGCACCAACACCGUCCAGGGACACAGCUGUACCUGCCAGCCGGGCUACGUGGGAAAUGGCACCAUCUGUAGAGCCUUCUGCGAGGAGGGCUGCAGAUACGGCGGUACCUGCGUGGCUCCUAACAUGUGUGUCUGUCCUUCCGGAUUCACAGGAAGCCACUGCGAGAAAGAUAUUGAUGAAUGUGCAGAGGGAUUCAUUGAGUGCCACAACCACUCCCGCUGCGUUAACCUGCCAGGGUGGUACCACUGUGAGUGCAGAAGCGGUUUCCAUGACGAUGGGACCUACUCACUGUCCGGGGAGUCCUGCAUUG